GGUGUUUCUGUAGGUGAAAUGAAGGCGCAGAAAAGGUGUUUGUAGCGAUGAAGCUGAACGAGAAGAACCAACGGUGAAGAGGGAAACAAACGUCGCGCGUAAAGUGGUCCGAAGUAGGAGAAAAGAGAUUCUUAAAUAAAUGAGAGUGACGUGCGCUAACGAGGUCAAAAACAAACGAAAGAUGUGCAAUGUCGUGGAUAAACUGUAAGCAAGACCAUGAUCAGUACCGUAUUUUAACUAUUCCCGUUUAGAAAUUAUUACCGGAAGUAGGUCGCUCGUUUGUUGCACAGUUGCCAAGGCGACUGACCACCGAAGGUGGUCUAUUGAAUAAAUUUAAGUGCGUGCACCGUCAACACCGAAAUGUGCUACUGAUUCGUUAGCCAUUGCGACGAACACGCUUGCCAAACGGGGAGAUAUCCCCAUGAUAGAACCUAGAACGCGGCCGAACCGAGGAUCGCUAUAAUGGACUAUUCGGUUCUUGGCCACUACGAUCCUUCCGUUGAGGUCGUGGCGGGCGACCAGGAGCUGAUCUGGGAAGAAUCAAACUAUGACUUAUCAAGCGAGGGGUUUGUGCCUGCGGCGGAACAGUUUGGCGAGGAAUUUGCAGGUGCGGAAUUCCAAGAGACUAGAACCUUAUUGGCCGAUGGAGGUGAUAGAUUCGGUGUUUCCACCGUCACCUUUGACAAUGCCGAAGAACUCAUGUGGAUGGGAAACCAAGGGGGUCACGUGACAUCUUACUACGGGCCUGGCCUCCAGAAAUACACGUCGUUUCAAGUGCAUGCCUCACAAGAAGUCCGACAUAUCCAUCCGAUUGACGAAGGAAUCCUUGUGCUCACGCAAAGUAUGCUUCGUUGUCAGCUACGGCGUGGCAUACCGAUAUUUACUCACACGUCCUCAAACAUGAUAGACAUGCAAUGCAUGCUUCAAACAUCACCUGCGAGACUACUUAUGGGAGGUCAUCAAAAAAAAAUUAUUGAUUUCAAUCUCACCAGAGGGAAAGAAACUGGCCUGGUACACGUCGGCGAUCACGGUUGUGCAAUAUUGAGACAGCACAGCCGUCUCAUAUGUGCAGGCAAUCCUGCUGGGAGAAUAGACCUUCGGGAUCCAAAUACUCUGUCGAUAGAACACACUCUAGACACCCACAGUGGCUCACUGAGCGACUUUGAUGUACAAGGAAAUUAUCUAGUUACUUGUGGAUUUAGCAAUAGCCGCCAGGGUCUCUCGGUAGAUAGAUUUCUGAUGGCUUACGACUUGAGACAAAUGCGAGCACUUACUCCCUGCACAACUCUUGUCUAUCCUCUCUUACUCAAGUUUCUUCCGAGCUACUCGAGUCGGAUUGCUGUUGUGUCGCCCUUGGGACAGAUGCAGCUUCUGGAUACAAUCUACGCCAAUGUUCAACCAUCCAUGACUUGUUUGUACCAAGUGGCCACUGCCGGUGCUAUGGCACUGUCCUUUGACGUGUCAUCUACGUCACAAUGUCUUUGCUUCGGUGAUUCAGCUGGAUCGAUUCAUUUCCUAGCCACCAACACACCAGAACCACAAUUCAACACUUUCUCCAGACCCACCGAGUUUGCUGACCCAGUCGAAACGCUGCAGCCUAUCGCAUUUGACGACAAUGUUACGCCUCUCAGUACGAUACCUAUGGUGUACUCUGGACAACCUUUGCUAAGCGAUUGGUCCGAAGAAUAUCUCAAAAAAGUUUACAGAAAAACACCGCCUGUCGACCCAGAAAUUUUACGCACAAUGAAAAUGCAAGGGACUAUAGGAUACGCGCCGAAUCCUCAGGCCUUCCGCAGAAACCAAAUCCCCUACAAUUUGGAAAAACGACGUGGCGUAGCUAGUAAACUAUUCGCAGGGGAUUCUCGCGCCAAGGCGGAAGCAGAUGGCACGUUUAUUGCCAUACCUAAACGUUAUCGUAAAAUUGAAGUGAAAUACUCUAGGCUUGGAUACGACGAGUUUGAUUUUGACCAGUACAAUCGCACCAGCUUUUGCGGCUUGGAAGCAACCCUACCAAAUAGUUAUUGCAAUGCUAUGCUCCAGCUCCUUUACUUCAGCGAACCGGUGAGAAUAGCUCUUUUAUCGCACUCUUGUCAAAGAGAGUUCUGCCUCUCGUGCGAACUGGGCUUUCUCUUUCACAUGUUGGAUACGUCUCAGGGCUUUCCUUGUCAGGCGGCAAAUUUUCUUAGAGCUUUUAGAACGGUUCCCGAGGCUUCGGCACUUGGAUUAAUACUCAGUGAUCUGCAUCCGGAAGCUAAGAGAAAAACAAGUCUGAUACGGCUUAUUCAGAGCUGGAACAGGUUCAUUCUACAUCAAAUGCACUACGAAAUUCUGGAGACACGGAAACGCGUUCAGGAAGAAGAGGAGGCUGCCCGUCUCAAAGCUGGACCUAAAAAUCCACCAUUUGUUUACAAUGAACAGGAUUUUCCCAGCAUUCUUCAAGAUCUGGGUUCUCGAUACAGGAGUCAUGACGAGGAUAGGAAAAAGAGAAGGAAGCAAGAGGAGGAUGGUAAAUAUAUGUGGAUUACAUCGAAAGAUACAACGAAUUGCAGAAAACCAACAGAAGAAACGGAAAUUCGAAACGAAGAAACUGAAAUCAGCCAACUAUUUGGUUCCGAGCAAAUUCAUAUUCAUCGAUGCCUAAAGUGCGGACGGGAGGCAUCGAAGCGCUCCAUCAUGCUGUUGUGCAACUUGACUUAUCCAGAAAUCAUAAAUCCUCCAGAGGAGAUUCCAUUCACAUCAGUUUUAGGAAGUAGCUUGAGACCGGAGAAAAUUACUCCAGCUUGGUGUGACAACUGUCAAAAGUUCACGCCGACGCUGCAAACUAGACAAUUGACAAAACUGCCCCAAAUUCUGGCUCUUAAUUGCGGUUUGGACAGUCAACAGGAUAAAGCCUUUUGGCAGAACCAAAUGGAUCUUGUUGUACAGAGAGUCAUUAAUGGGAAAGAUGCUAGCCCAGCUCGCAGUCCGAUAUCUGUAACCAUAAAGCCGUGUCGUUACGGUGCAAACUGUACGAGAAUUGGUUGUCGAUUCAAACACGCAGGAAAAGAUUCAGAUGCUGUACCACCGCCAGCGACACCACCAACAGCGACAACGCCUGUACCAACGCCACCAAGCCACCUAUAUUAUUCUCACUCAUGGGUUCCUCACCACAUUGAAAUAGCGCUAACUUCAAACGGAGAACUGUCAAUAAAUAAGCUCGACAAAAUAACUACCACUGAACCCAGCCUGACCACCAUUAAUACUCCUGUACAAAAGUUAGCUGAAAACGGCCAGGGUGACAAUGAAGUUGAGACGAGUAUACCUGUUUUUGAGAAAACAGUGGAGAGCAUGGCGAGCGAGAACCACAAAGCCGAACUUGAAGGCACCCCGGCUCUCAGCAAUAAGUUGGAACCUUCAGCUGUCAGCGGUGUUAAAAAAAUACAGUACAGUCUCAGUGCUGUAGUCUGUCACAUAGACGACAAAAACGACGAAGAUCGAAGAAACAUCGUUGCUCUAAUACGCGUUGCUCCAAGCUACCACAAACGAUCGACUGGCAGUGCAGUGUCUCAGUGGUACAUCUUUAAUGAUUUCUGCAUAUCUGCAGUGACGCCUCAGGAAGCUGUCUGGUUCAAUCUCGAUUGGAAAGUACCUUGCGUCCUCCAUUACACCACAGAGCCGUUCCCAGAAGUAGCGCCCUUUAUCAGUCCGCUUACAUCAGACGUGUUUGGUGAGGACAAGUGCAUUGCUCGUAGCGGAGGAACGAGGGGUAUUACUUUCACACCGUUAACGUCAGAUGAGAUGCCAAAGAAAGGAGAAUUGGUGGCGAUAGACGCUGAAUUCGUAACUCUAAAUCAGGAAGAAUCUGAGCUGAGAAGCGACGGGAAAAUGUCGACAAUCAAACCGAGUCAUAUGUCCGUUGCACGAAUAACUUGUAUACGCGGUCAAGGACCAUUGGAGGGGACCCCGUUCAUAGAUGACUACAUUAGCACUCAAGAACAAGUAGUUGAUUAUUUGACAAAGUUCAGUGGAAUACAACCGGGAGAUUUGGACGCUAAUUUCAGCAGUAAGCACUUGACCACGCUGAAAUCAACCUAUCAAAAAUUGCGAUUUUUAGUAGACAAUGGAAUAAUAUUCGUCGGUCAUGGGUUGAAGAACGAUUUCAGGGUAAUAAACCUGGUCGUGCCACCGGAACAAGUAAUCGACACCGUAUUGCUCUUUCAUUUACCUCACCAUCGUAUGGUGUCCCUGCGGUUUCUUACCUGGCAUUUCCUUGGUAAGAAAAUACAAUCGGAAACGCACGAUUCAACGGAGGAUGCACGCGCUGCCCUAGAGUUGCAUCGAAAAUAUAAAGAGCUUGAGGCACAGGGAAACCUGACGGAAACUCUGAAAGAAUUAUACAGCGUUGGCACCAAGCUACAAUGGAAGGUUCCAGAUAGCUGAUACAGGGAUGACGUGAUAGACGGGACAUGUGAAAUCAGACCAAGCAGUGCUCAUAUCUUUUAACAGUGCGAGACUUUAGGAAAGUCAUAAGAAAAAGGGGGAAAAAAUAUUGUAAUUUGGCAAAUGCCGAGGUCGUGAAUUUUACGUCAUUCAUUUGUAUCCGUUUACUUUUUUUUUU